GAUAGGAACAAACCCGACCGAGAGACAGCUGUACAUAAGAUACAACUCAUCGAACUACGCGUGUUAGAUUAUAAUCGGUCUCCACGUUUUAAACACACUCGGAUCGCGCUGAAAUCGGUGAUGCUCCUGGAUUUCGGUGCGAAAUGUGUGAGUUUUAUCAACAUCGUGUUCACGGGAGCGUGGAAAUAAGUCGAGCGCUGUGCAGCAGGAAGUCAGGCUGCAUGAGCGGAGUGCGCAUGCGCCGCGUCUCUGCACUUUCUGGGGAUGUGUUUGUCUGCAUUUAACGAUGAAUAAACUCCUGGACAGCUGUUCUGUGAAAGCGGCCCAUCUCUCAAGUCUGUUGUGAGCAUGAUGGCGACCACCGAGGAGGUCGCAGUGUCCAUGGGGGAGGUGGUAAUGCUAAAAGCUGAGGAGGAGGGUGACCCCGACGACCCUAAUAAGACUCAGGUCAUCCUCCAGCUCCAACCCAUCCCCACUGGCGAUGAAUCUGCUGAAACAGAUGCAGCUGUCAUGGCUGUUGAAGCACCUCCAGAACAAACGGAGGGAGAUGAGGUGGAAAUCGGCUGUGCCAUAACCUGCGGCGACUGCAAAGCCAUGCUGCUCUUGAAGAAAUUUGUGUGUCCAGGAAUCAACGUGAAAUGCGUGAAGUACGAAGACCAGCUGAUCAGCCCCAAGCAGUUUGUGCACAUCUCUGGAAAAGCCACUCUGAAAGACUGGAAGAGAGCCAUCAGGAUGGGUGGAGUCAUGCUCAGAAAAAUGAUGGAUUCAGGUCAGCUGGACUUCUACCAGCACAGCACGCUGUGCACCAACACGUGCCGCAGCACCAAGUUUGACCUUCUCAUCAACAACACACGGUUUCCUCCGGAUGGCACUGGACUUGGCAUGCCCACAUCCUCUCAAGCUCAGGUGGUUCUGGGUAAUGGCGGGACAGUGGGUGAGGACAGACCUGAAGCUCUAUGUGGGAAGUUGGACUGGAGCUCACUGGAGUCUGUGGACAAGAAGGAAUCCAACGAGAUCUCAGAGGACACACUGAACUUCUGGAAGGGUAUUGCCGACGUGGGUUUGCUGGGUGAAGUGGUGACCAACAUCAGCACUGAGCUGCUGGAGAUGCUGAACGGCGUGCAGCAGCUCAGGGAUCUGGUUGCCUUACAGGACACAGAUUCCUGUCUGGUAGAGGUGGCUGUGCUCAGUAACCUGGCCCAAGUGUUCGGCCUGCUCGACUCAGUAAAGACGAUCCUGGACAAGAGGAGGCAGCAGACGGAUCCCAUCCAGGAGGAGGUCCUCAGCACACUCAGCAACCUGGAGGUGCAGCUGGAGGAACAGAGGAAGCAGCAGCAGGUCCGAGCUCUUCUCUCCUGCCCGCAGCCUGCCAAGAACAAAACUCCCACCAAGCGCCAGACCAAACGGCCUCGUCUGCAGAGGCCCGUCUCCUCAACCACCCUCCUGGCGUCCCCCAUUAACCAGCAGGCCACCCUGCAGCCUCAACAGUUCACCAUUCUCUCACCCCUCUCUCUGUCCUCUAUGGGUCAGCCCUUCACCAUGGCAGGCCUACCUAUCGCCACCCUAGGCCAGUCCUCUAAAACGGUUACGCUGCUUCCCGCUGGCUCACAGUUCUUCACCCGCUACAUGGUUACCGGAGACGGAAAGGCAGACACCAUCACCCUGCAUCCAUCCUCCGGCCUCACACUGGUGGGUACCACCUCUAUGCAGGACUCCUGCCAGCUGGGCUCCAUGGUGAGCCCAUUAGAGCUGGUGCACCUGAGCCAGCAGGGCGGCAGCACAGAGGUGGUGCCCAUAGAAGGCCAGAUGAUAGACGGAACCAUGCUGGUGCAGCAGGAGAUGAUGCAGGGGGAGGUGGACACAGGCCAGGAGCAAACGGUCAUCGAGAUCAACCCAGCUCCGGUGGAGCAAGCGGUGGGUGUGAUGGAGCUACAGCUGACUGGGGAGCAGGGCAGGGACGACGCGUCCAUGAUUGUCCAAAGUGCGAUGGAGGUGACGUUGGCUGGGGAGGGGGUGGGGACGCAGUGCCAAAUACAGGAAGGGCAGACUGAGGGGGUUCAAGGGCUGCAGCUGGAUGCCAGCGGACAGUUGUCAAAUGUACAGAUCGUUAUGAUUGGAGGAAACACUCAGGUAGAAAACCAGGUGAAAUGAGACACACCUCCUCUUUUAUCCAGCAAAGCAGGUAUGAACUGAGCAAUCCCAGACUUGAAACUGUAAAUACACCAAAUUUUCCAAAUCCACUGAUUGACUUGGCCAAGCACAGGGGGAGUCAUUUUCCCUUUUUGGUGCAAGAGUGUGUGUCUGCGUGCGUGCAUGUGUGUGUACAUUCUCUUCUCAACAUGUUGAUUUUUAUUGAAACACAGCGGCGUCACAACAAAGAACCAUGAUGUAUUCUCCUGAUUGUUUUGUAUUAAACGGAUAGUUGCAGUU